GCCCUUUCAUUACUACCAGCUGCAAUCUGAAGUUGUGUUAGCUUUUUUGCACCUGGAAAGGUAACUUAAAGGUAGAGAAGACUGGCUUUAUAAUUCCUAGCUGGGACUGAGUGUCACGCCACCUCUCUGCUGUGAAUCCACCGCGGAGCUAAGCCCUCUUAAACAGCUCAAAGCAUCUACAGAGAGGAUUAGUUAAAACUCAGGCAUCCCAGACUGGAAACCAGCUUCUCCGAGGGCCCAGCCUACAAACCCACGAGGUGCAGGCCUGCGCGGUGCACACCGGGAGUUGUAGUUCCGCCGCUCUUCCUGAGAGCUCAGCCGUUUUAGUUCAAGUGCCUCCAGCGGCGCGCAGGCUCCGUGAAGCUCCGCGCACGCGAACAGCAAGAAGCGUUUCCUAGCAACGGGGGAGCGGCAACGUCACAGCGGCGAGUAUUAGAAGCUGCCCACCGUUGGGCGUCUUCGAGUACCUUCCCGCACCUGAAGGCUGGAGGGAACGGCUCUCGCAGCUAGCUGUCUGCGCGUCUUCCUUUGCUCUUACCUGCGUUACCCGUUCCCAGGUCGCCGAGAGCAAUCUCCCGCCGCAAGCCCGCCUCUGACGUACGGGCCGAAAGGCUAGAGGCGCCCGCCAGGUUCCUGCCCAGUCCUCGUUCCCAGAGCCGGCGGAGCCCGGCGCCCUCGGCCUUGGGGGGACGAUGCUGGAGUCUAUUCGCGUGACGGAAAAGCUUCACUGGCCUGAGCAAGAACUUGCUAAGAAGUCUAUUUUAAAUGCAGAAGAGUCAUUGAUCAUUAACAGCAAAAGAAGCAUUUCACAUUUAUCUCCUGGAAUACUAAAGGACAUUUUCACAACUGGAACCAGUAGUUACAAUGUCCUACUACAGAGCAAAGAGGAGAAAAAGCAUCAUUCACAAAAACAGUCUUCCUCCACCUACUCCAAGAGAUGUAGAAAACCCAGCAAAUUUCCUGGCUCUUCACGUAGCAAAGAUCUUCGCAAGAUGAAAGCCCCAGUGCCUGUGAUGAGCAGCGGUACUUGGUACUGCCUAGAAAGGCAGCCUGCUGUUUUUGUCACUAGUUCAGUGUCAAGUCCUGUAAAGUUUACGCAUGAUAUCUCUGUUACAGGAAACAGCAUAGUACUGCCACCAAAACCCAAAAAUGAAAGAAAGGUCAAGCGGCGCCAUUUCUCCACACUUCCAAAGCCAAAGCCACAGCCUCAGCUGUCUAGAAGUUUUGAAAAAGGAGAUGACUUUUCUGGAAAGAAAUUUUGUAUACUGACAGCUAUAAAGCCCACCAACUUGGAGAAAGAAAAACUGAGAUUCUUUAAGUCUGAUUAUACCUACAAUCCUCAGUUUGAAUAUGCUAAUCCUUCCCUGCCAAGUGUAUUAGCCAAGCACAGCAGUGCCUCUGACCGAUUUCUUAAGCAGUCCAUCAAUAUUAUGGAACUGACUUUACAAAAGUAUGGAAGUUAUGAAAAAUUUGAACAGGCCACUGGUGGUAGCCUGCUAUCUAAAACUCGAAUCUGGAGUCAUGUUAGGAAGUACAUGAUGAAAGAAGGCUGCAUGGGUGAGAUUGUAGUUCAUCUCACUGAGGACCUGCUUUCCCGAGCUUCCAUGACAGUAGUGAAUGGAUGUCCAACACUGACCAUCAAUGUUUCCACUGCACGUGAACACUGGCUGGAGGGAAUGCUGAGGCAUGAAAUAGGCACACAUUAUUUUCGAGGUAUUAACAAUCUUCAGCAGCCAUGGAACAGCUGGACUGGCCGUAAAAAACAUGAGCUAAAGCCAAACAAUCCCACAGAGGAAGGACUGGCAAGUAUUCACAGUGUCCUGUUUAGAAAAGACCCAUUUUUGUGGAGGGCUGCCCUCCUCUACUACACUGUUUAUCAAGCCAGCCAAAUGUCUUUUUGUGAACUCUUCAAAGAUAUUGGAAGGUUUGUCAAGGACCCCAAUACAAGAUGGGAUUAUUGUGUACGAGCCAAGAGGGGAUGGACUGAUACCUCGAAGCCAGGGUGUUUCAGUAAGGACCAGGUAUACUUGGAUGGUAUCCUGCAAAUACUCCGAUAUAGAGAGACCAUUGACUUUCAUCUGUUAACUGCCCUCGGGAAGGUCUCUUACGAAGACGUGGAUCGCUUAAAAGGAUUGGCAGUUACUGAAAACAUGAGGGUCCCUCACUUUCUGCAAGACCAUGGCCGAUACAUGGAGCACUUAGAGAAGAUCAUGGAAGUGAAUGAACUGACCGACAGGGAACUGAAAGAUCUUAUAUAGUAAUUAGCAUUCCUGCAGACAUAGCUAAGGUAUACCUCUAUGUAUACUACCAAUUAGGUGCAUCUAGCACCAGCGGAUUUAUAAAAGAGGAAUGACUGUUUACAUGAGUUUUCUGAAGAAUGAUCUGCAGUAUUCAGCUGAGUAUUUAGGUUGAGAACAAACCUUAAACGGUUUCCCUACAAUAGGCUGCAGGGGAAGUUACUCCUAUUUUCAUCUGAAUCUCAACAGAGUCAGAUGAAAAUAUUGCUGAUAAGUGUUUUUUGAGGAAUCUUGGUCAAACUGAGUGAUAAGCUUCUGCCUGAACAGUGAAGCACUGGUCUUACUGCCCCUGCCUGAGUACCAAGACCAGCUCUGACUAGAGAUGGAAUUCCAGUGUUGUUCAAACUCCAAGAUUCUAUUUUAUUAAUAAAUAAUGGUAAUUGUUCUCCUUUGAAAAAUUAGUUUGUGGUAUAUCCCCCAAAGCUAGCUAUAUUUAAGAUUUCUUAUUUAUUUUAUAUGUUAGGUAAUGUUAAAGGGAGGGGAAAAAGCAUUCUGAAAAGUUUUUUAUUAGUGUACGUGUUAUUAUUUCAUCUUAUCAGCUUAUAGGAACUAAAGUAAAAAUUAUUUUUGUCCAGUUAUCCCUUGACUAAACUUGGUUUAAAUUUUCAAGGGGUAUGGUAUGUUUCAACAAAUGAAAACCAAGUUUUAGGGUCUUUCCUCCCUAUUCAUCUUCAUGUAAGUGAUAAGUACAAGUUUCAGAGAGAUUUUUCUACAUAAAUUGACAUAGUUGGGAAAGAGAAACUAACCUUUUUAUGAAAUUGAGCGACAAGCGGGGGACAAAUCAUGUAGGAGCCAGAUGUUGACUGGGUAGCAUCCAGAAUAAAUUUGACAAUGCUCUGAGAAACAAUUUCUGGGCAUUGCCACUUGAUAACUGGCCUUGCGAUAUUGGCUCAGAGUAUUUUAUCAAAAUCUUUGACUUUAUCAAGCCAAUAAUGACAUAGCUUGAAUUUCAAAAAUGUGAUUUCUGUUUUGCUCCAUUUCUCCUGCUAAAAGCUUAUACACUAGCUUUUUGAUGUUCAAUAUA